GUUACGUCAUCAUCCAGCGCCCAUUCAGCGGGACCGUCGCGGCGUUUGAAACGUCCACAUCUGCAGCGGCUUUAAAACACAGUUUGCGGCGCAGUACCCGAGUCCGGACGGAACCGAGAUGAUCGAUAUGAUCGAGAAGGAGGACCCGGUCAUCAGCGAGGAGGAGGCGGCGCAGUACGACCGACAGAUCCGGUUGUGGGGGCUCGAUGCCCAGAAGAGGUUGCGAGGGUCCCGCGUGCUCCUGGUGGGUUUAGGGGGUCUCGGGGCCGAAGUGGCCAAGAACUUAAUCCUGGCUGGAGUUAAAGGACUCACUUUACUGGAUCAUGAACAGGCGUCGGAGGAGUCCUGUCGAGCUCAGUUCCUGGUUCCGGUGACGGCUCGGGGUCAGAAUCGAGCCCGGGCCUCUCUGGAGCGAGCGCAGAACCUCAACCCGAUGGUGGAGGUCCACGCCGACUCGGACAGAGUCGAAGACAAACCAGAUGACUUCUUUCUGCAAUUUGACGCAGUGUGUCUGACAGGCUGCUCCAGAGACCUGAUGGUGCGGGUCGACCAGCUCUGCUCUCAGCGCAACAUCAAGGUCUUCUGUGGGGAUGUCUACGGUUACUACGGUUACAUGUUCUGCAACCUCGGACAGGAGCACAACUACGUCGAGGAGAAACCUAAACUGGUGAAACCGACUGGAAACUCUAACGAUGGUCCGGAGGCAAAGAAAGCCAAAGUCGACCCCAACGAGACCACCAUGGUGAAAAAGACGUCCAGUUUCUGCACUCUGAAGGAGGCUCUGGAGGUUGACUGGACGAGUGAAAAGGCCAAAGCCGGCCUGAAGCGAACACCAGUGGACUACUUUCUGCUUCACGUUCUGUUGAAGUUUCGUACAGACAAAGGCCGUGACCCUGACCCACAAUCCUUUGCUGAAGACAGCCAGCUGCUGAGACAGAUCCGUGAUGACGUGCUCGAGGCCUUGGCAGUGAGCGGUGACCUCCUGAGUGAUGACUUCACCAGCUACUGCUUCUCUGAGAUGUCUCCAGUGUGCGCUGUCGUGGGAGGAGUUCUGGGACAGGAAGUUGUCAAGGCUCUCUCCCAAAGAGACCCUCCACACCGGAACUUUUUCUUCUUUGACGGUCGCAAAGGCAACGGCGUCGUCGACUUCUUUGGGCCAAAGUAAACCCGUCACGCCGGCUCGGGAAAGUUUUACACACGCAUACAAGCCCAGCAAACUUAUGUCUUUUCAUUUGUUUGUUCCGUCAGAUUAUUUAUAUCAGUAAAUUGUUCCAGUAGUCAUAAAAUGUGUCUGUUGUUUCAUAUUUGGCAUUUGAUCUCAAGUUCACUGUGGGAUUUCUGUUUUUUACAUUUCCUAAUAAAACAUUGUUUAGUAAAAAGGA